UCACGUAACUGGGGCCAAACCCAGAUCAAUAGAUGAGUCAGGGUUUUCAGUAUAAAAACCUCCAAAGCUCCAGAGCUCCUCACAGGGCCAGCAUCUCCUCUCCUCACACACCUGGUGCCUCAGGGUGCCCUUUCUCCUUGGAAAAGAUGUCUUACCAGAAAAAGCAGCCCACCCCCAUCCCCCCAGUGAUUUGCGGGAAGACCUCCGGCGGCGAAGGCUCUAGCGGAGGCUCUAGCGGCGGCGGCGGCUGCAUCAGCUACACCGGCGGCGGCGGCGGCACCGGCGGCGGCAGCUACACCGGCGGAGGCGGCGGCGGCUCCGAAACCACGAGUUCCCAGAUGCGUCGGGAUAAUUCCCACAAGCUAGAGGCCACUGUGGGCCACCUGGUCAAUCUGCAUCUGCCAGCCCCUAUAGCUGCCAGUCCCUGCACCUACCUCUCUCUUGGCUUUUCUUUCCACAGUGAGGAUGUGGCACUGGAGUGUGCAGGCGACUUCUUGCCUGAGUUGCAAAGAAGUGUGAGUGUGCCAGCAUCUCUUGAUGGCCUCUCCCUCUUUCAGGACAUGCAGAAGCCACCCCAAGACACAUGGGGUAACCCUGGGUGCAUGGAAGCCACCAUGGUCAUGGAGAAAGACCUGAACCAGGCCCUUUUGGAUCUGCUUGCCCUGGGCUCAGCCCGCACAGACCCCUGUCUCUGUGACUUCCUGCAGAGCCACUUCCCAGAUGAGGUGGUGAAACUCAUCAAGAUGCGCAGCCACCUAACGAAACUCCAAGGGCCGGUCUGCCUCCAGGCAAGGCUAGGAGAGAUCACAAGGAAAGGUUCACCCUCAACCACCACUGGGAGCCUCUGGAGCUCAGCAGCCUUCAGGGGCACCAUGGAGGAGGCAGCAGGGAUCCCAGGGCAGAAAGAAUACAAGAAUACCAAAUGGUUUCUGAGGGUCUCCAAGGCCUCUUUCAAAAAUAACCUGGAGUAG